UUUUAACAUAUGAAAGAAAGAGAGAUAAUUUGACUCAAAGCCUGUCAAGCAAACAUACGGCAGCUGCAUAUGUGUUUACGAUUUACUAGUCAAAGGUAGAGUUAUGUAGGAAUCAAGGGAAAAUAACGGGUGGUGCUUCCGUUUGAUACCUCCGCUCACACCUACACAUCUGAGUAGCUAUCUCCGAGUAAUCGUGGAUUACACAACAUAAUUUAUGAGCUGAUACACACUGCUAACAUUCUCUCGACGAUAACUGACAAGUACAAAGCACUUCAUCAUUGGCGAUAGCAAUCCUUCUCAAUCGCGUUUCAUGACAGUUUUUUUUUCUUUCUCUCUUAUUGUUGUUGUUGCAAGCUGUGCAACAGGGAGACGAAAGGUGACUACUAUGUGAUCUUUUGAAGACGCAAAGCAUCAUAAAUGAGUUUGAUUCACCUGCUGUGCUGCUCGAAGAGUGGCAGAACAGGAUGACAUUCCUUGGAAAAAUGAUGUCCUCAUAAACACCUAGACAGGUGUCCUAACAACCAUCUAGACAGGUGUCCUAACAACCAUCUAGACAGGUGUCCUAACAACCAUCUAGACAGGUGUCCUAACAACCAUCUAGACAGGUGUACUAACAACCAUCUAGACAGGAGUACUAACAACCAUCUAGACAGGUGUACUAACAAACACCCAGACAGAUGACCAGGAUGGUGUAAUACCUACUCGCCGUUCACUCCAUUUUCUAAACAUCGCUAUCAUCCAACUUUCAAUAACAGUUUCUGGUAGGUAAAUCUUUAUAGGCGUAUUGCCGAAAAGGUUUAUUAAAGCAUGACAGGUAUUAGUAAUGUACCCAGACUGAUCUACUGUACAUGGGUAAACACUGUGACCCAACCAUGCAGCUCCAAAGAUUUCUGUAACCAAUCAGCAAUUUCCUCUUUCUUGUCCCAUGAAAGAAAACGGACGUUCCCAAGGAAAUUUUUCAUUAACAUUCUUCUUCUUAGUCGUCGGGUGUGCUAUAUAUAGUCUAAAAACUCACACUGUGAUGUUUUCUUUUUAUUUAUUCUUCUGUUAGACAUCCGCAUUUAGCCGACCUUGGAGUCCGUAAAUAAGAAGAGGAAUAAUAUAGUUUUUCUUGCAAGCUUACUUUCUGUAUGGGGUUUGGAGUUUAGCCAAGUCUCCUACUACAGUAACACUUGCCACAUUCAGCAGCCAUGUUACCAGGUUUUUUUUAAUUACUUCACUGAAUGUAGGGUUUAGAUUUCCGCUUGCUCGAGACUGACAAAAACAAAAGAAAGGCUGUAAGCGAUGGCAGCCGCAGGAAGCAGUCAAGGGACGUCAUCCUGCACACUGCGAGAGGCGGUUCUCCAGGGUGGUCUGCCCAUGCUGAUUCGCCUGGAGGAGGGCUUCUACGGGCCUGAUGAGGCUACCUGCAUGUCGCUCGGUGAUGUCCUGGCCCUCCAGAGUGCAAUGGUUGUCAACAGCCAGAACGUCGUGAUUGCUUACUACAAGAACGAUACAAGCAUUAAGGACGAGACCGAUGACAUUGAAGAGGUUGAGACUUAUCGUGCACUCCUCAUCCUGUCCCUCGACAACGAGGACAUCGCCAGUCUCAGAAUCACCAGGUUCCCAGACCCUGGAGGGCUAGCAUUUUCCCGCUACGUGACUGGCAUCUUUUCUGACUGCGACUGGUUUGGUCGCGAAAAGGAGCUCAUGAUCUCUAUGGCUCCCUUGAAAAAAGACAAAGCAUCUCCUGGACCAGCCUCUAGUGGCAUGCCCUUUGGCCCCAACAUGUUCAAUCCUCCCGUGUCACCUCAGUCACGUGAGCCGAGCCAGGUCACUUCCGGGAAGACUUUGAAGAGGACGUGUGGUAAGCUGGUGACGGUUGCUGCCACUGUCACUCGCCGCCGCAAGGUCCCCGCGGAAAGUUCAGUGAGUGACACUGCAACCUCCCCAUCCUCUCCUUCAAGACCAACAGUGUUCCCGCAGCUUCAAACGAUCCUCCGCACAGCGAAGAACAAAACAACGAGCUCCAGUAAAUCUCUCUUUUCGCGACUCUCGUCCAUUGUCUCGCAAGACGCGAGACGCAAGUGCGACGACCACAGCUCCACCGAUGCUGACAGCGACUAUGCCGAACUGGACGAAGCGCUGAUGGACGCCCACACGCACUUCUACCAACGACUUUCCUUCAACGACGACAACCUUAAGCUUCCACCACCAACAUCAGAAAACAACCGUAACACAGGGCGAGCCGACGUUCGGUCCGUUUUCGAGGCCCCCAGUCACUACAGCCAGUUACGUGGAAACCCACGUGAUAUUACACUUCCGGGCCAAUCGUCAUCAGAUUCUCCUCGUCCAAACACUUUCAACAAAACUGAAUAUGGGAAUCAUCGCAGGCUUCGUCACUGAUGAACAUGUCGUAAGUGAGCUCUGCGCAUGUCUGGAGAAGUGCAGGAUGUCGGACCUGGCUCACGUGUGUCGCACUAUGGCUG